UGACGUCACGCGGAUGACAUUUAACAGUUUCAAACAGAGCAGCAGCUAACUAACUUGUGAAACAACUCUUAACCUACUUUUGUUUUUUUUACCACGCCGGAAUUGAAGUACACCACCUUUUUACCAACACACUGAAUCACCGAGGAGAGUGAAGGACUUACAGUUUGGACUGUCUCGGUCCGAGCAGAGAAACGAAACCCAGCUUGCUAGGUUGCUAAGUGUAGCUAACGGCGGUUAGCUAGCCUGCGUUAGCCUCCAGAAACUCAACAGGACUUGGAUCCCUAAAUAGACUGCAUGAUGGAGAACAAGUAUAACCUCAAAAGUCCAGCGGUAAAGAGGCUGAUGAAAGAGGCAGCUGAGCUGAGAGAUCCCACAGAGCACUACCAUGCCCAGCCGCUGGAAGAUAACCUCUUUGAGUGGCACUUCUCCGUUCGCGGGCCCCCAGACUCUGAUUUCGACGGCGGUGUUUACCACGGCAGGAUCGUGCUUCCCCCGGAGUACCCCAUGAAACCCCCGAGCAUCAUCCUCCUCACACCUAACGGAAGAUUCGAAGUUGGGAAAAAGAUUUGUCUGAGCAUCUCUGGCCACCAUCCGGAGACCUGGCAGCCUUCAUGGAGCAUUCGAACUGCCUUAAUAGCUAUAAUCGGAUUCAUGCCAACCAAGGGAGAGGGUGCAAUAGGAUCUCUUGAUUAUACCCCCGAGGAGAGGAGAGCCCUUGCCAAAAAGUCUCAGGACUUCUGCUGCGAGGCAUGCGGCUGCUCCAUGCGCUCAGCCCUCCUGGCUCUGUCCCCGAACAGCAACCCCACCCCCGAAGACCACAAGGCCAAAGAACUAGCCCAGCAGAUCAACUUCAAGGCGGAGUCCAGCUCGUCCAGACAGGCCAGUGAGAGCGGCGGGGCGGAGAGCGAGCCGUCCACGCUCAGCCAGGGAGAGAGCUCCACCUCCGGGAGCCAAGAGGACGCCGACGGCCUGCAGGCUGAGCAGGCCGAGGCGUCUCCAGCUGCCGCAGCAGACGAGGCUCGUCCUGCCCCGGCCCCGGGCAGCAGCCGCUCCCUCAGCCCGCGGCAGCGUCGCGCCCAGCAGCGCCAGAGAGACGGCAGAGAGCCCGCCAGCAGGCCCACCUUCCCCGCCUUCGCCGCCGCCGCCGCCGCCCACCAGCCGCGGGACGGCAGCCACGCCGGUUCAACGGUGCUCAUCGUGGUGCUCACCCUGGCCUUGGCGGCGCUCAUUUUCCGUAGGAUCUACCUGGCUCACGAGUACAAGUUUGACUAUGAGCUGUGACGACAGCCGCCGCACCCUUCGCCCCGACCUCUCCGACACGGCACGCCCCCCCCCCGCCCCCCGCGCGCGCGUGCGCCAGGCCCCGGGUCAAACGCCGCUCCUCCCGCCACCUGCUGCCCCCGACUGGACUACGAACAGCCUCGUUUUUACCCACAGCCUGGCACUCUGAGUGAGGCAGUAGCUGACAUUUUGACAUUCUCCCCCUCCCCCCGCUUGUGUACAGACAGUUCAGUUUACAACGAGGGGUAACGUUCAUUCCUGUGGAGGAGGCGGGCGACUCACCACAACACCCCGGGGGCGUCUUUUAAUCGAUGUGAAUUUGCUCUCUAGAGUGUAAUGCAUUUUUAAGAACGGGAAGCUCUGUUGUGUUUGUUAUCGGCUCAACAACCACAUCCACUAUGUUUCCUUUUCCUUUUAAUUUUAGAGGGUUUUUUUUAGACUGUUGUCUGUCCUAGGGCUGCCGCUUGCUCUCGUUAUUUAAUUAAAACUGUAAUAUCACAUUUAAAACACACGGAGGUUUGGUCUCAGAGUUAAUUAUUUAAUUGUGGAAGCGUCCGCACGUACUGUAAGCGCAGACCACGUGCCGUUGCGACUUCUUCCUCCCGCGCUCCGCCUUGCUGAUGCGUCUGGUCAGCCGCCUUCACACAGUCAGGGGUUACAGUAUAAAUACUCACACCAAUCCUCUGAAGGGAAUAAGCCUGCUUGACUGAUUCAGUGCUGCUAAAUAUGCUUACUGAAGUACAACAAGGGCAAUGUUCUUUGAACUGUUAUCGACACAGCGGCGCGUAAUAGUGUGACGAUAUAAGGGAUUAUUUGCACUAGUAAAAAAAUUAAUGUGGCGUUUCGCAUCUCUCU